AUGCGCGAACGAGACGAACGACAAAACCGUGCCGACCCCGAAUUCUGGCGAGCGAUGCCGUACAUCAAGAACGUCUCCGAGGCCGUUAGCCGCCUUCUUGCACCUCUUGGGGUUGGAGUUGCACACAGACCGGAGGCCACCAUGAGGCGUCAGGUGAUGAGACCAAAAGACCCACUGCCAUGGCAUGAAACAUCUGGAGUCGUUUACCGGAUCUGGUGCAGUUGCGGACAAAGCAACUACGUCGGAGAAACUGGAAGACUGCUCCGAAAGCGAAUUGCCGAACACGCGGCAGCGGUACGGAGGAAUGACGCCAGCUCUCAGGUCGCGGCCCAUUCGAGGAGACCCAGCCACACAUUCAAGUUAGAUGAGGCCGAAAUUCUCGCGAGACGGGAUAAUCGUGUGAGCCGCGAGUUGCUUGAGUCAUUGUUCACGGGACCUCAAUCUAUCAACAAGUGGAACGACAUGCCCACUCCAUACUCCGUGCUGAGGUAUAGGCUGACCAAGGUAAUUGACCACUCGGGGCGCGCGCAAGUCGGUGAGCCAGGUGGCCGAGCUAUCAUCACGCCAGCAUCCAACAAGGGUGAUGACAUUUCGGUAAUUAACACUUUGCAUGACGGUCAGCAAGCAAUUAGCGCACCAGCGGGCAACGAUCCUUCAUGAAGGGGAGCGCGGUUAAUUGCUAUAGGUAUGCGGUAACAUAGCGACUACAUCCUAUAAAUACUGCAACGUCCUGUGCAGGAGUCACCAUUUGCUGCUACUGUCUCUGAUGAUGGAUUCAAUUGAGAAUCCGAAACGUCUGGCGAAUAAAGGCCUUGGUCCAGCAAUAGUUUCUCCUUCUGAUCAGCUCGUCUAAGUGCUGACACGCUGCCUCAACAUCAGCUAUAGAGGCUAAGAGCCCUGCAAUAGGUAAUCGGUGAAACAUGACUGCAGCUACUCUAUGGACAACUGUCGUCGAGGAAGGGGGAGCUGAUAGUUUUGAUAGUUAAGCAGUAGCUUGGAGAUUUCAUCGUGUAGAUAAGGUAGUUAGUUUCGCUUGGAAUACGCGUAUUUGAUGCCAUCUCUGAUGAUGUUUUGUGACACGAAUGCGAAACUUUAGGCGACCACAGUUCUGUAAUAGUCAGGUUACGUUACCUGGUGGUCGGAGCUGCUGACCAAAUCAUGCACUGAGUUCCAAAAAGGGUCAUGCUUGCCACUAGCAUGAAAGAUGCAUGUUUUUGCGCAGAUUAUGGGGGACGUAGGGUGUUUAAUUUGUGGUUUGAGGUAUACGAGGAGGCGAGGCAUGGUUGUGGGAUUUAAAACAGACCAUUUCACUUUCAAUUUUUAUGGACAUAUGGCCAGCUUGGCCCAUGCAAUGGGAAUAGGUACGUCGGUGCUAUGGAUGUGCGUUGCGGUUCCUAGGGUUUGUUUGCUAGACUCUGUGGGAUGAGUUAACAAUGACCAAGGCAAUGUUUGCCAUGAAAAAGGUGGUUGGCAUUAGGACAAGCCGUAGCCGUACUUUCAUUGGCGGUGACAGUUAUCAGUAAAAUGUCGGGGUAUGCUUAACGAUUGUGUGGUGGUGGUCAUCGUAGUUUACUUCAUGAGAAUUGUGCUUGAGGGGGUGUUUAAAGAGGCCUUUUCAAUUCUCUUACAAACAACUCCCGGGCAUAACCAAAAGUCUUGUACACCGUAGGCCAACCGUAUCUAUUAAAUAGUUAAUCAACGAAACCUGCAGAUUCGAAUAAAUAGAUGGGACAUUUUAAUUACUUGUUGAGUUUUAUCCGUCAAACAAGAAUGAUGCGUGGACUGCUAAGCAGCCUUUGGCUCAUAAUACAAUACAGCUCCAAGAUCGUCAAUAAGCAAGGUUAAUUGUCCUUUCAGUUGUCCGAUAAGUUAAUUUGUUUGUAUGCAAUCGUCAAUAUAAUCGAAAGCUCUGUUUUUUAUGGGUGUGCUGACAAUCAAAUUCAGGCAUAUUUGGGGCAAUCACACUAUCUGCCUUAUGAUGCCAACAUAGCCAUUGUGGCCAGUUUGUUUUUUGUCUGGAAUGCUUAGUUGUUUCUCAGCGCAUAUAAGAUAUUCAAUUCUAACAGAAGUCGCUCGUCAUUAUAUUUUAGGCGACCUUCCAUAUGUAUAGACAAUGAAAUAUGAAUUGGCUUGUCCUAGCUGCGGCUACACGUUCUUGAUUUUUCUCAUCACCAGAAAAUAAAUGCGGAACAUGUUGUCCUUUAUGUCUCCGAAAUAAGUCAUUUUUGAAAAAUAAAUAGAUUCGGCACUGAUGAAAGUUGAAAGUUAAUUCGGCCUAACUCAUUUUUGUAUUUUGCGUACAGCAAACUGUCCUAGUUGCACCAGUGAUAACAUUGACGACCAUAUUUGUAUCUGGUGCCCAUUCCACAACUAUCUGUACAUUUCCGAGCACUAUGGUAUGCCUUAUCUGUGAUUUCAUUAUGGGUCUACGCAAACAGUUGCUUACUUUAUAAUGGACUGAGAUAUUUUCCUCUGAGCAAAUGCACUGCUCAUUGUAUUAAGUGGGAUAUUUAUUCAAUAUUAAAAGGGGAAAUAAAAACAAAAAAUCUUAACGACUGUCAAGCCCGAUUGAAUACGAACAAACGAGUUAGGUUAAUAGAUAACGCGCACUGCCGAGUGGCCGGCUAGAUCACGGCCUUUAUGGAACAUGUUAUUCUGAAUUAAAUGUGAAAAACAAAACAGGAUGUCCGUUUGAAUUAAACUAUUAUCAGUUAAAAACUGUACAGAGACCAUUUAAAUGCAGUAACAGCCAUGAAAUAACGAAAUAUUACGCAUUUUUCAAAUGCCCAAAAUCUUUCAGAAGGACCAAAUAAACUGUAGUCACACCAUAUGCUCCAUUUACAACUACUUUUCUAACUGUCCCUAUUAUAUUCUUUUUGUAAACCAGCAUUCGUUAUUUGAGUUUUGCAGACACCCGGGCUGUAGGAGUGUCCGGUUGUGUGUCAGAUUGAAGGUCGUAGUAAGUCACUCACUUGCUGAUGUUGGCUGCGCUCGACGUCUCCCAGCUGGCACCCGCCUGUCACCUUUCGGUCCUGGCAGCUGCACUAUGCCUAGCAGCCACACCCCGGUAAACGCCUCGACCUGCGCGCUAAAAGAGGUGAGAGUAGCCGUUUGUUCCUUACACGGCUACUUUGCUCCCCACCCGUCUUCCGUUCACUCAUUCCACCUUUUACAUAUCGCUCCUGCGUUCUAUUAUACUCCCAACUCUCACUUCUUCCCUCCCCUCUUCGUCUUUUCCUCCUCCAUCUUGUCCUUCCUCACCUUCCCCUGCUGCUUCUUCUCAUUCCCCUCCUCCGCCUCCAUUCACAUCCUACUGAUUUUCUCCUCCUCGCUCCGUUUCCUCUACAAUAUACCUCCUCUUUUCCGCUUCCCUCUAACACUCCAACAACCGACAGGGCAACGGGCUCGUGGCCCGGUGAGUAGAGGUGUUGACUUCUAAACCAACAGGUCGCGAGUUCGAGGCUCGGGUGUUCCACACAUCGGGCUUGGGUAUGGCUGGCUGACAACGGCUAAUAAGCCAGAAAUGGCCAUUCCAGUUUCCCUUGUCUUUGUCGGUAAUGCUAUUCUGCUUACUCUUUUUCUUCCCCCUAACACUCUACUCUUACCAUUUUUCUCCCCUUUCCUGCCUUCCCUCUCUAUCCCCGUAUCCCUCCUUUUCUUCUGCGUUCGGAAAUUCGAGCGGCGAGGGGGAUAUAUAAACAUGCAGAAAGCCAGGUCAUUGGUCGUUCUCCCAUUAAACGAUAUGACCCAUACUGGAGGGCGGUUUCUCUUUUUGUGCGGCAAAAUGGCCGUAUUUGAGGGGGGGGCACUGCAUUCCUCACGAGGGAAAAAUCAGUUAGAAGUUAGUUCUACAUCUAGGAGCAGGCCGCAGCUAGCGGUCUGCUAUACACGCGGUUGAGACAAUCUAGACAGCAAAACUAUCCUUUUUUUAGUCCUCUUUAUCUGCACCAUCCCAGAAGCCGCUAAAGUGAGACCGUUCACUCUAGCAGCUUGGAAUGUUCGCUCUUUCUCAAAAGCCACCUGUUGGAUCAAAGAAUGGCGCUAGUCACUUGGAUACUGGCUCUCUAUAAGGUGACAUCGCCAGGCACGGAGAUGUCCGGUUCUCCGAACAAGGCCAGCUGGAGGGGAGGGGUUUGGGUGGGUUCCGGUUACACCUUCUUCUGGAGCGGUCGUCCAAAUGCAGAACGACUUAACGUGGACGUCUAGAGUGACAUCGUUACACGACUGUGCAAGGCAUGAACGACCGUCUAAUGAGCCUCUGCCUGCCCUUUCAGGGGUCACAUUCGUCACCAACAUCAGCACCUACGCUCCCCGAUGACCAGCCCUGACGUUGCAGGGAACAAAUUGUACGAGAACUUGCACGCUCUUCUGACGUCUAUGCGAAGGCAGAUAAGAUUGUUCUCCUAGGCGACUUCCCCGUCGAAAAGGAAGGUGAGGUCCGACACAACGGGGACACUCCGAAGAAUUCACUGAAGCGCCUACAGACUAACUCUGUAAAUUUGGAUUAUCUUAACCUGAAGCAACCGGCCUGCCAAAGGACAGUGAAGAGUGGCGCAGGAAUCUACGAAACAAACUGCAUAACCGCCGCCAUAGCCAAAUGUGAAGUUAACAACGCUCAACCCUCCCUGACCUGCCCAUGA